AUGGCCUACAAAUCGAAAGGAGAGGAUAAGAAACCGCGCGAUCUGAGGAAAGCUGAGAAGUUCUUCACCAAGGGGUGUGAUGCGGGCGACGGGCGGAGUUGCUUCAACCUGAGCACGCUGUAUCUGACUGGUGGCCUCGAGGAUUCAAAGGGGAACGAGAUCAUCCAGGAUAUGGGUAAAGCAUUCGAGCUGUCUGCCAAGGCGUGCGAUCUGGGUAGCAAGUAUGGGUGUGUCAAUGCGGCGCGUAUGGUGAUGACUACGGCUGUGGAGGGUGGAGAUGCGCUGGCCGAGGAAUUCCAGGAGAAGGCCAAUGUUCUGCACAAGAAGGUGUAG